AUGCGGCUGGAAAUCAAUAAACUGGAGAGGGAAAACAGGGCCCUGAAAGGAGAGCUCGAACUCUGCGGGCAGAGAGCACUGCAGAAGGAGCCGGGAGCAGGAGGAGAAGGUGGCGAUGGAGAAUCCAGGAACCUGGCUGAUGAUGGGAAGGAGCCUGUUGAUCCACCAGUGCCCCUCGGCAAUAACAACUCGACUGGUUCCACGCUGGCACCAAAGGAGCAGAAAGGAAAUGCCAUGACCGUGCGGCGCUACCCAAUUGCUUCGCCAGUGUGGCCCAAGUCCAGCCAGGCUCGGCCUUGCACGGGUGACCCACGGUCUCUGAGCAAAGGACUCCUGGACACGCAGGGGGGUGCUCGGCCAGCAGCCGGUCCCACUGCUGCACCACUGACCUACGUGCAGGGAAACGGGGCCGAAGAAGGUCCAACCAAUGGUUUCUCCAAGGGUAACGCCAGCAAGAGGAAGCUGUUUCGAGAGCAAGUUUACAAGUGCAGGGGUAAAGUGAAGGCCGUUAGUUUCCUGUUACCGAUGGAUACGUCACCACAUGCUGAAAAUCCAGGUUCUCUCAAAUGCCCUCAAAAUCAGAACACAAAACAGUUAACCACCAUCAUUGAAAAGGAUAUGUGA